AUGCCUGGAAACGCUGGAUUUUACUCAUCUAACAAAGCUGCUGCUCCACCUGAUGUGAAAUUUAGAUCCAAGCAAAAAUUUGCAACAAAAAUUUUGGUCUGGUUGGCAUUAUCCAGCAAAUGCAUCUCAGCACCAUACAUCGGAUCGAUGAAAGGACCAGCAAUCGAUGCCGACGUAUAUAUUGAAAAAUGUCUACCAAAACUAUUGACAUUUAUUAAUGAAUACCAUCGACAUGAUAAAUAUAUUUUCUGGCCGGAUCUUGCCAGUUCGCAUUAUGCCAAAAAGACAACUGAAUGGCUUAAUGAACAAAAAAUACCCUUCGUACCAAAACGCUUCAAUCCGCCAAAUGUUCCAAAAGCUAGACCAAUCGAGGAUUUUUGGUCAAUGUUGGCUAAUAAGGUGUACAAUAAUGGUUGA